ACAGUGUAGACUUUCCUUCUCACUUGCCAAACAAGAGGGCAAGCGUUCGGUCGACGUUCAGAAGUGCUCCGUUCGUUUCAAGUGAAAAAGUGCAUUGAAAACCAUUUGCCAUCGAGUAAAAGCAGUGAAUACUCUCAAAAUCCACCUCGAAACGUUUUAAAACCAGUUCGUGCUGUACCGCAGCUCACACCGACCCUGCUCAGUGUGCUAAAAUUUGAAGCAGAGAAAAGUGAACACUCACGGGUAGCCCAAAGCAAAGCAUCGCCAUCUUUUUUUUCACACACUUUGUGGUGGUGGUGGUGCGCAUUAUCGAUUUUUCACCACACAUCGGAUCAGCACGAAAAGGAAAAAGAACCCACCCGCACAGCGGGGGUUAUUGAACGAACAAUAGAACAAACUGUUUUGUCCGGAACUGUCCGGAACUCAUCGCACCUGCCGCCCAGACUCCGUUUCUUCUUCGGCCGCUUCCGACGACAUCGAACGUAUUGCUCCGCUGCGCUCCACCUACACACAUCCACCCUUCUACGCGCGCCAUUAAGCCGUGCCCCGUGCGCCCGCCCGCUCGUCGACGAUAAUCGCCCAACCUACGACGACGUCAAACACGUCGACGAACUACUACUGCGCUACUACUACUACUUCCUACCACACGCAAAGUGCAGGGCGCUGUGCAUUUGCAUCGACGCGCAGUUGGCAGUGUGACCUCAACCUGUCCCUCUGUGCCCUCCCUGUGCGCGUGUGCGCUACGACGUUCUUCGAAGGAAGAAAGGAAGAGAGAGAGAGAGCGAGUGCUCUAGAGCAAGUAGUUAACGGCGCUAUCUUCUGCGACAGCUUCUUCGAGCAACAGCAACAGUUGCAUCGUCGACAAAGAGAGAGAUAGAGAGAGAGGCAGAUAAGAGAGCGUGCGAUACGGAACACUCCUCACAGUCCUCAUCGUCCUCGUCAACGCAUCUUCCAGAGCCAUCGUCUGCGAUCCUGUAGCGUCGUUCAGCGACGAACCCCGGUACACACGCGAGCACAAGCAGCAGCGGAUAGCGGAAGGCGAGAGCAGCAACCCUCUUCCCCGUAAAAACAGCAAGGGCAAAUAACGAUGGGCGAUUCGAAGGGCACGCGCGUCUACGUCGGCAACCUGACCGAUAAAGUGAAGAAGGAGGAUCUCGAGGGCGAAUUCACCAAGUACGGUAAAUUGAACUCUGUCUGGGUAGCUUUCAAUCCACCAGGUUUCGCGUUCAUUGAGUUCGAAAACAAGGAGGAGGCGGAAACGGCCUGCGACAAUCUGAACGGCCAGGACAUACUCGGCUCGAAGCUGCGCGUCGAAAUCUCGAAGGGCCGGCGCAACCCGCGCGGCGCUUCGCGUGGCUUCCGCGGGCCGCCGGGCCGCAACGGGGGCAGCGGUGGCGGCAGUAUCGGUGGCAGUGGCGGUGGCAGUAGCUUCCGGAAUGGGUCGCGCGGUGGCUUCCGGGACGGUGGCGGCUCGAGCUACCGGAGCGGCAGUAGUGGCGGCGGCGGUAGCAGCUUCCGUGGCGGGAGCCGUAGCUCCGGCCGGUUUGACGGCGGGUACGGUAGCAGUGGCGGCGGUGGUGGACGCUCGAGCGGUUACAGUCGGGAUGGGGGCCGCGACGGUGGCUACGGCAGCAGUGGCGGCAGCUUCGGAGGCGGUGGCGGUUAUGGUGGUGGUCGUAGCAGUGGCGGCGGCGGCGGUGGUGGUGGCGGUGGCGGACGUUUCCGUUCACGGUCGCCGGUUGGUGGUCGUGGUCGGUAUUAAGGCGGAACCGGACCGACGACCGGCGGUUGGGCGCUUGGUGGUUCAAAGUUCUCCCUUAAAACUGUUUGCCAGCCACAGGCUCAUGUGUGUGUGUGUGGAAGACAAGAAAAGGCCAAUGAUGAUGAACUAAAGAGAAAUAACUUCAAUUAGCAUUUAAGCCAAACUAAUGGAACUGUUGUGUAUAUGGUUUGACAAGUGGCAUCACAAAGGCCACACACAAAUGAGAGCCUACCCCACAGUAGCACGACCCUAUUCUAGAUAUAUAUGUGGAUCUUUGGUUGUAUGUUUUAAGUUCAAACUAAAAAGGGGUAUGCGAAGGAUAGCAGUAGAAGCCAAACUAUGCGAUGAUUCAGUUUCGAAAGGAGAUUAAGGAUUUUAAAAGUGACAAUUUUAGCUACAAACGAAGCGCUACACCAGCAGAUCUUUAGAUAUUAUUUGUAAAGCCAAGCGUUCAGAAGUGAACGGAAAUAGCCUGACCGGCAUGCUCUACUACAAACACCAGUAUCUAUUCCUCUUCGCCCCACAUGUCUCGACGAAGCCAUUUAGGCAAUGAGUCUGUGUUUAGUGAACCUACCCCAAUUAACAAAGUGUCUCGAAGCUGGGAGGCAAUGAACAAGCCACAGAACGUGCGAAGCGAAUAUAUAUUAGCAAUGUAAGCAACUUUCAUUUUUGUAAACAUUUGUCAUAAGCGCCACAAAAUGUGAACUACACACACCCAUCGUAUGGACAACAAAUACUGUUGUACUCUCCUCCCCCAUUUGUAAUUACAAUUAUCGGACUCAUACUCUGAAUUAUAUAGAAUGAAAUUAUCCUUACGCACUAGGAAAAGGUGUGAAACCUACGUUUACUAAUUGGCUCGAAUGUUUAGACCACUUGUUUUAGUCGAAUUACGUUCAAUUGAUGUGUAUCCCACAGGGUGUGUAGAUCAUCGUCACGAGGAGUUUGUUCCUUAGUCAAUCCUUCGCCAGAGCAAUAGGAUAUUCUCCUGAAAAAUAUAGAUUGGCAUGUGUGUUUUAUUGUGAAGAAGCAAAUGUAACACACCGUUUGGCUAUGGCAGUCACAAAAUCCGAUUAAAGGAAGGGGAAAAAAGUAAAGCAAUAGCAAAACAGCAGUAAAGUGUGGUGCGUGUGUGUAUAUUCGCAUCGAUAAUCUUAUAACAGUUUUAGGUUAAAUUAUUUAUGUUGUGUGAUCUAAAUCUCCCAUCCCCUACUCAUCACCACUCGUUGCGGGUGGUGCGCACUCGAGGAGAGUUUUCUUGCUGCCAGCUGGAUCUCAAUACAAAAAGAGAGGAAGAAAGUGCUGAUAAAACCACCGCCUCCGACACGUGUAAUGUGAAAGAGCGAUAGUUUGAGGGAAAUAAGUAGGAAAAUUGUCCUCGUUUCACAAACUCUUGCGUACAACGGUCGUACAAAGCAGAAGACGAAGAAGAAGGAGGUGAAAUGGUGUUACACACAGUGGCUUCCCCUCUUGCACUAGUUGUGGACAAAAAAAACAGAUAAUCUCUCGUACUUUUUAGUGCAUCAUCCACACUUCCUGAGUAAAAACAAAAAUGCAACAAAAAUUUAUGAAAAAAAGAUAAAUAAAAACAUAAUACCUAGAAAUAGAAUAGAA